UGAGAUCAAGAUCUGGGUUCCUGAGCCCGACAGCUCUGAGCUACCAGCCCUGUGGUGGGACAACAUCUCUGACAAGUGUCUGCUGUUGGGGGUCUACAAGCACGGUUAUGAGAAGUACAACACGGUGCGUGCAGACCCUGCCUUCUGCUUCCUAGAGCGAGUGGGCCGGCCAGACGAGAAGGCCAUCGCUGCUGAACAGAGAGCCAAUGACUUCAUGGAUGGGGACGUGGAUGACCCAGAAUACAAGCCUGCCCCAGCCUUGCUGAAGGACGAUAUGGAGGAUGACGCCUCCUCUCCUGGAGACCUGGUUGUCACAGACAACCCUGGAGAGGGUGCUCCAGUGAUGAUGGAGGGGUUAGGUGGAGGAGGAGAUGCAGCCUACUGGCCCUCCUCCUCAGUACUAACAGCCAGACUGAGACGUCUGAUCACAGCCUCUCAGCGCUACACCAAGUCCAGACAGAUCCUCCACAUCCACCAGACCCAGACGCAGCACACCACCCAGGUCACGCCCUCACUGUGCCCCCUGCCACCCACCCUCAACGACACUAUCAACCCAAAGAUGGCCGCCAAGAUAGAACGCCAGCAGAGAUGGACGAGGCGAGAGGAAGCUGAUUUCUACCGUGUGGUGUCUACCUUUGGUGUGGUGUUUGACCCAGACCUGGGCCGUUUCGACUGGACCAAGUUCAGAGCCAUGGCUCGGCUGCACAAGAAGACAGACGAGAGUCUGCAGAAGUACCUGUGGGCCUUCACUGCCAUGUGCAGGAGAGUGUGUCGCCUGCCACCCAGAGAAGGAGACACAGCGGUGGACCCCUCUCUGUCCAUUCAGCCCAUCACAGAGGAGCGUGCAUCUCGUACCCUCUACAGAGUAGAGCUGCUACGCCAGGUCAGGGAACAGGUCCUGCGCCACCCCUCGCUCUAUGAGCGCCUGCCCCUGUGCCAGCUGGGCUCGGACCUGCCCGUGUGGUGGGAGACCGGUACCCACGACCGAGAUCUCCUAAUCGGGGCCGCCAAGCACGGCGUCAGCCGCACAGACUACCACAUCCUCCGAGACCCAGAGCUCUGCUUCAUGGCUGCCCAGCGCAACUACAGCCAGAAUAAAGGAGUCCAACAGCCAUCCCAGACCCCUACUCCGCUCCUGAACCCCCAGUACCAGGCUAGUAGAGACCCAGCCUUGGCAGAGUGCCCUGUGCCUGCCCCAGCCCAGAGGGAGAGGGAUGACAUCCUGGGGGCAGUGCCCAAAGAAGAACCUCCCUCGGAGGGGGAGGAGCGCAUGGAGAGAGGGGGUCAGGUGGAGGGGGAGAGGUGGAGUCCCCAGCCUGCCCCUCUCACCCCUACAGGGAUAGAGGAGAAGCCUGACCUGGGGGUGGUGAAAGGAGAGAACGAGAGCCACAUGGUGGCGGCACGGACCAAGCCACUCACACCCAACUCAGCCGCCAGGAAAGAGAAGAAAGCCAAUAAAAGAAGUCGAAGAGAGGCCAGACGAGCCGCCUCUGCAGCAUCAGACUCCGACUCGGACGGCUCCUCCUCCAGCUCUUCAUCACGAUCUUCUUCAUCAUCGUCAUCGUCGUCCUCUUCCUCCUCACGCUCCGGAUCCAGCUCCUCUUCAUCUUCAUCCUGCUCAUCAGGCUCCUCAUCUUCCUCUUCCUCAUCUUCAUCUUCCUCUGUUGACAGUGAGAGUGAGGGAGAGGAAGGAAAGACCAAGGUCCCGACAGUGGCCAUCGUGAAGGGAUUUGACGAAGACAGUGUGGCGUCUCUCAGCACCACUCAGGAUGAGAUGCAGGACAGUCACGUGACAGAGAACGGCAGCAACAACUCCCACCACCACCCCUUCCAGGGAGGAUACAUGCUGGCUGCAUCCUACUGGCCCAAGGACCGUGUGAUGAUCAACCGUCUGGACAGUAUCUGCCAAGCAGUGCUGAAGGGGAAGUGGCCGGGGGCMCGGCGGUCGUACGAGGCAGGAGGGGCCGUAGCCUCCUUCUACACCACCAAGCUGCUGGACAAUGCAGCUGCGGCCAACAACAGCAGCAACCUCUGCUCAGCUUCCGCCUCGGCCUCAGAGGACCCCUCUGGUCUCCUCCUCAGGCAGAGGGGGUUGCUGACCUUCCAGAAGCAGGGGCCCGGCCAGCCCCUGAAGAGGCCCCUGGAGCCUGAGGAGGGGCCCCUGAGCCAGCAGCAGUACCUUACAAGGCUCCAUGAGCUCCAGAGUGCCUCAGACACCAGUCUGGCUGACUUCACCAAGCCCCAGGCUGCCAGCUUCCCACAGGCCUCUACAGGUCUGGCGGGUCAGAUGAAGCUGAACGGAGGUAUGGACGGCCAGCCAGUGGUCAAGAGGAGGAGAGGAAGGAGGAAGAAUGUGGAGGGGAUGGACCUGCUCUUUAUGAACAGGAACAGAGGACCAGCCGUGCCUGAAAGCGUGCCCCCGGCGUGGGGUGGUAUGGGUCAGGCUGGCACUGGGCUGUCUAUUGCCUCAGGGCAGGGUAACCCCCUAGGGGGCCAGGGCCCUAUGGACACAGAGAGCAGGGUCUCUGUCAUCAACCUGAAAGAUGGGACCCGUCUGGCCGGAGACGAUGCCCCCAGGAGGAGGGAGCUGGAGCUGUGGCUAAAAGAACACCCAGGCUUUGUGGCCGACACAGGGGCCUUCAUCCCUGGAGUGAAUAAGAGGCAGCUGGAGCAGUUCCAGCAGGAUGGUAGACCCAAGCAGAAGAGGCAUCGCUGCAGAAACCCCAACAAGAUCGAUGUCAACAGUCUGACAGGAGAGGAGAGGGUCCAGAUCAUCAACAGGAGAAAUGCACGCAAGGUUGGUGGGGCCUUCGCCCCCCCUCUAAAGGACCUGUGUCGGUUUCUUCAGGAGAACCCAGAGUAYGGGGUUCCACCAGAGUGGGCCGACGUCGUCAAGCAGUCGGGCUACCUCCCAGAGAGCAUGUUUGACCGGAUCCUGACAGGACCCAUCGUACCAGAGGAGGUGAGUCGGCGUGGACGGAGGCCCAAGAGCGCCCUGGCCAAGGCUGCAGCUACAGCCAACCAGGGGGCCCCAUCCCUGGGCCUCAACCCCCUGCUGGCCAACGGCCUCCUCUCUGGCAUGGAUCUAUCUAGUCUACAGGCCUUCCAGCAGAACCUCCAAAGUCUCCAGUCACUGCAGCUCACUGCCGGCCUCAUGGGCCUGCCCACCGAUGCUAACAACCUGGCCGCCAUGUUUCCCAUGAUGCUCUCUGGUAUGGCUGGGCUUCCCAACCUCCUUAGCAUGGGGGGUCUGCUGGGAAAGCCCCCACAGGACACUACGGGGGGAGCUGAGCAGAGGAAGAGGAGGAAGGGAAGCAGAAAAGGAGGAGGAGGGGAGCCCUCAUCUGCCUCCUCCAAAGCCCCCUCCUCCUCCCACUCCCACGGCCUCUCCCACACCUCGGACACCAAAGGUGAAAGGACAGAAGGUCAAAGCAGGGACGGAGAUGGCCGCAUUCCCAGUGUCCAUUCCCCCUCCAGUUCCUCUGCCACCACCUCCACCACCACCCCACUAAGUGCUUCUGCUGCCCAGGCAGCCUCCAGUCACCCUCUGUCUCUUAACCCCUUGUUACUCUCCAGUAUGCUUUACCCAGGGAUGCUUCUCACUCCAGGCCUUAACCUUCCUGUGUCCACCACACAGCCGCCACACAGUGACUCAAACAGUGACCACAAACCCYACAAGCCCACUAAGACCUCUAAGACCGCCCCCUCAAAACCUCUGUCGCCAAGGAGAACACCAGAGUGUCAGGAAGAGGAGAGUCUUGGUGACAAGAGGGAGGAGUCAGGGGAACACAAGGAGGAGAACAGUGGUCCAGAAGGCUCGGGGAAGGCGGAUUCAUCUUCUUCAUCAGAGUCUGGGAGCUCUUCUUCAUCAUCUGAUGGGUCAUCAGACUCCAGCGAUGAAGACUGAGCCUAAUGAAUAUAUAAA